AUGGCUUCUCCAACCUCAUCCCAUGGUCCUUCUAUGGCGAUAACACAAACCCUAAACCCAACUGCACCUCUCUUCUUUCCCAGAUACCCUUCUCUGCAUCAUUACUACUUCUUGCCACCACCGCAGAUUCACUUCAUCUCCAACCCUAACCUCCCUCUUCCCUCUUAUAUCCUUGUGUACUAUCCUUUAUGGCAUAAUAAUCUUAACCCUACUAAGUUUGAGGCAACACAAGAACUGCCCCCACUUCAUUCUCAAGUCCCUAGCCAAGAGCUGGCUCAACCACCGACCUGUAGGAAAAGGGGUUUUGGCUGGGGAAGAAGCUGCCGACACCGUAAUAAGCUGAUGAGGAGGAGGAUGAGGAUGAGGAUCCAGUAUCAAGCUGAGUCCAACGGCGAUACAACUGUCAUGCUUAGAAACAUACCCAACAAGUAUACGAGAGAGAUGCUUAUUGAGUUUCUUGACGAGCAUUGUGAAUCAGACUCAAAUAACAAAGAGGAAGAUGAAGAGAUUGCCUAUGAUUUCUUGUAUCUUCCCAUCGAUUUCAAGAGCAAAAUGAACAAAGGGUAUGCAUUUGUGAACUUCACAAAAGCAGAAGCAGUGUUAAAGUUUACGGCGGCCUGCAACAACAAGCCAUGGUAUCGUUUCGAUUCAAGGAAAAUACUUGAAAUUGCCCAUGCUCGGAUCCAGGUUUAUGCGUUGGCGAAACAUUUUGAGCAAAUGUCAUAUCCGGUUGAAGCCUACAGUGCGGUGUGUUUCAUCCCUGCUCGCAGAGGACCAAAGAGUACGGGCCUCACUAUCAUGGUCGGGAAAUGCACCGAAGAAAAAGGAAAAGAAAGGACUCAGACACCGAACCAAAUCCAAGGUCUAUUUGUAAUGGGUGUACUUAAAAAGAAAAAAGAAAGGACUCAGACACCGUACCAAAUCCAAGUUAAAACCCUGAAAAGUUUACUUUUGGAUUUGGUUUUAGAUGUGUGUGAGUUUUGA